UGAUCGAGGGUUGAAAGCUCCUUUUCGAGUUUUACGGACACAUUCCGAAUGCAUGAGUAGUGGAGAAUCCACCCUAGCCAAUCCCAAGAUCUGUUUUUCAAUUGUUCUCUUCCUGCUUCCUCCUUGCUCUCUGUCAGUGGAUCCGCCUGCUCCCCACGACAUUUUCCAGGCGUUCACCCCGGGUUCACAGUUACAGUGGGAGAAGCGAACUGUCUUUCUCAAACUAAACUCUUCUCUGAGUGUCAAGGUUGAAAUAGACAAUGUCUCUGUAUCCAUCACUGGAGGAUCUGAAGGUCUCCAAAGUACUUGAGGCUCAGGCCACCAUUGCAUCCAAGAUGGCCCCACCAGCAAUUGAAGCUCAGGAGCCCAGUGUUGGAAGUGGUUUAUAUCCAGACCUGCAGGAACUGGGGGACUAUAUGGGGCUGGACCUGAACAGUGAGGAUUUGAGGCAGAACAUGGCUGUCGUGCCAGUUGCUGAAUCUGGACAAGUUGACAGCAAUCAGUCAACCGCAAAUAACAUGGUGGCCCCAUUGACUGGAAACAGUGUGGGGCUUCACCGAGCGGAGAUCAAAGCUGGAGUGCGGGAGGUGAUCCUCUGUAAGGACCAAGAUGGGAAGGUUGGCCUGCGGCUGCGUGCUAUUGACAAAGGGAUCUUUGUCCAGUUGGUUCAGGCCAACUCCCCUGCUUCUCUCGUUGGGCUGCGUUUUGGGGACCAGAUCUUGCAACUGAAUGGACAGACCUGUGCAGGCUGGAGCACUGACAAAGCACAUAAGGCACUGAAGCAGGCACCACAAGACAGGAUCACUGUCAUUGUCCGUGACCGACCUUUCCAGAGAACAGUCACCAUGCAUAAAGACAGCACUGGACACGUCGGAUUCAUCUACAAACGUGGAAAAAUCACCUCCAUCGUGCAAGAUAGCUCUGCAGCCAGAAAUGGAUUGUUAACUGACCACUAUGUCUGUGAGAUCAAUGGCCAGAACGUCAUUGGACUGAAGGACUCGCAGGUCAGUGAUAUCUUAGCCGCUGCUGGGACUGCAGUCACCAUUACUGUCAUGCCGAGUGUCAUCUAUGAGCACAUGGUGAAGAGAAUGUCUUCGGGUCUUGUGUCCCGGAUGGAUCACUCCACCCCGGAAGUGUAAGAGGAUAUUCAUUAAAUAAUUUACAAUAUCGAUCCAACUCUUCAGGCUGGGAUUUUGCCUCGGUUAAGCAGAUGGGUUCCAGCUCUCUUUUCAUCUCGUGUAUAUUUUGCUGAUUUGGCAAUUCCCUCUGGGGUUUGCAUUGUUCCACAUUUGCUCUCUGUUUGUUUAUUAUUGUCAUUCCCUAUCAAUAAGCUCAUGCAUGCCCUCUCCAUGUUUAAAUAUUCUUGAGUUAAACUCUUAAUGACUAUGCUAUCGGUUGGUGUAACUGUAAAUCGUAAAUCCUUCAAGCUUCUAUGUAGUUUCAUUGUUGUGGGCACUGGUUAGUGAAUAAAGUCAUGGAUUGAGAGUCA